UUUCUCGCCGCUCUCGUGUACACGUAUAUAUCAGGCGGGAGGAGCGUUCGUCCAGGAUCAUAAUCGGUCGAGAGGAACGCACACACGCACACAAGCGCGCGCGCACGCACGGUGAAAGCAUCAAAGCUCAAAGUGGGUUGAAAACUCGAAAAUCCAUCUCUCCAAGAAAAGAGAAAGAGAAAAGUAAUACGAGGACGAGUAAUAUGUGGUCGAUCUCGUCUCUUCGAUCGUACCGUGGAUAGAUUUUGGAGCCAAUGGCGGCCGACGACUCUCCGACAAUUCGUCCAUUCGUCCGAGUGAUUCCUCGUCCCGCAACGAUCUUCGACCAGUCAUGAGAUGGACGUGAGUAGGAUCCUCCUCGAUCGAGACUCGCCGGACCGCCGAUCUUCUCCCAUCGAGAAUAUUCGUCGUGGUGGGAAUCUCGUGGGUAAUCUGGUGCAUCGAUCGCGGUAUACGGGUCGGCCGAUCGUACACGGGCUUCCGGGAGCGGCGUGCGGCCUCCUGAAAGGGAGCCCGCUUCCCCGAUCGAUCCUCGAAUAUGACCUUCGAGUCACGUGUGCCGCGGCGCGACACGCAAGUCACCGAUACGAGUGAUUCGCGAGGCGGACCGGCCAUCGAUCACGAAAAGAAUCGCGCGCCGCGGCGAACUUUUCGACGUUGACGCUUUCGACGCGGGAUAUUUCCUUCCCUUCCCCGGAAGGACGAGAUACACUGCCACUACGGGGGGCGAGAGAGAGAGAGAGAGGGAGAGUCUUUCGAAUCGAUACGAGUCGAAGGAAGGAAAAGGAAGUCGUGAGGAAGUCGUGGAUUCCUCGAAAUCUUGGAAGAAUAGAGGAAGAAGUGAUUCGGAUGUUGUAGAUCCGUUCGUGCGGCGAGUAAGGAAUUCUGGAAUUGGAAAGUUGACGGUGGAAUAGUUUGGAUGGAAGUAAGGGAGCCUGGUUUCAUCGGGUUGUGGUUAUGUCAUAGACGAAUGGGGAUCGCGAGGAGAGCUAAGAUGGUAGACUGUAGAGGAUGGUACCCUGUCAAUAAUUCUUGUGUUUCUUCGAUAUUCGUCUCGACGAUCGGGGAGACUGGUCUCGAGGAAUCUGUCUUGUUUAUCGAGGAUACGGUGAGCAGUUCUUCGAGAGAAUCGAGGUUAGACGGCCGUCAAUGAUGCCAAUCAUCGAAGUUAUUAACUGUGACUAUGCUCGACAUCGAUCAGCAAUAAGAUCCGUCGAACUGUAACGUUGUUUUCAAAAUAUUUCAACCUGAAGUAAUCGAAUAACAUAUCUCUAUCGCUUUCUCCCUCCUCCCCUGAAACGAUUAAUCGAUGCAAAGCCAGUGGUACCAAUCCUAUCGAUCUUGCGAGCGCACACACGUAGUAGAUGGACAGUGAAUCGUCAUUGAUCUUUUGUCAUCGAAUCGUCCCAACUGCUCAUCAACGAUGAUACGAAGUGUUCCAAUUCUCUCGAUCUGGAAAAUGAACCUCUUUCUCGGACUCUUCUCCUAAUAAGAGGGAAACGUUCUUUCGAACCUCGACAUCCGUCAAUAAUAUCAGUGUUUUCAAUCUAUCGAUCAACGGUGAUAACAUCAAGGAGGACUCCUCGUUUAAGAUUCUACUUUCCGCUCAAUUGUCCGCCUUCGAGGAGGAAUCAAGUCAAUAUACGUCCGCUAUACGUCUACGAUCGUUCUAUAUGCGUACUCGAAUCGUGAAAAAAAUAAAAAAGAUAAAGAUAAAGAUAAAGAUAAAAAGCAGAAGAAUCGGUAGAGAUAGAUCGGUCGGACGAUAAAGAAACGCUUGGUGAUACACGCAGAGCUUACUUACUACCCAGUUCAGUUUUCUACCAGUUUUUUCUAUUCAGAAGCUGUUAGCAAUUUUACCAGUCAAUUUAACGAGUUUUUCGAGGGCGAAGGGGGGGUCGGUCGAGGGGAGAUCGAUAAUCGCAGCUUCAUUUCGAAAACAUCCUUGAGCGGGAUUGUUCAAGGACCAUGCGUUCGAAUGAUCGAAUGAGGAUACGACGUGGAAUCGAUAUCAUCCUUGGCCAUACGCGACUUUACACGAAUAACAAUAAUAAUAAUAAUAUUAAUAAUAAUAAUAAUAAUAAUAAUAUCUUCCAACGAAGAACAUAUGAAAUAAAUCGAAUCGUUAAUUAGGAAUAUACACGAAGAAAACGUCCAAGGAUAGAUUUUUACAACUUUUUGCCCGUUCAACAGACAAGAAACAAAAAGUAUCCAUCCAACAGCGUGGAAAGGUGGUUGUGUUGAUUGCCAGGGCAUGAUCGAGUUAUAGAAUGUCAGAGGCUCGUUUCCACGGCGCGCAUGUCCAGUGCCUUGACUACCAACGGGACAGCGAUAUAUACUUUGGCCGACGUCGCGAGCCACUAGGGUUUCGAGGGGGGUGCGCUGGGGCAGAAAGUAGGAAGGGUGAAGUAAAAGAGGGAAGAAGAGAAGGAGAGUAUCAAAGUUCCACCGUGUACUCGCAAUAAAGUAGCCGCGAUAAAAAGUGAGCGCUCUGUCACUCGCGAGUGGACGGUGAAGCGUGGAAGACGUAAGGAGAGAGACGUGGAGAGCCGUCAAAGUGGGUAAAGUUUAUCUUCGAGUUGAAGUGGCAAGGGAAAGAGAGAAAACUUUACGAGAAAGCAAGGAAGAGUAUACGAGAGAGAGAGAGAGAGAGAGAGAUAGAUCAAACUUGCCUCGACAACGUCCGUUUCUUCAAAUUAAGACAAUUAUUAAUCAUUGGCUGUGCUGUUUAUUCUUCGUUCGAGUUUUAAAAAAAAUAAAUCUUAAUCGCGAAAAGGUAGAGAGACACACGAAGGAGAAAGUUAAAGUAUAAAGAGAUAUUUUUGCUAUAUCCUUUCUAGCCAUACACUAGCACGCACACAUACACACACAAAUAUACACAUAUAUAUAUAUACACAUCGCGUGAUCGAUUCGAACAGGUAACAAUUAUACAAAAGAGACUGACGGAUUGAAACGCUCGAAUCGUUCCGGACGAGAGAGAUUCGAUCGAGAAAUCAAGGAUAUAUACACACAUAUUGGGAAAUCAAUUAUAGAUCGAUUCUGUAUCGUUUUUCUGUACCGAUGGUUCAUCUAUCGCCCGAACACGUGGUUUGCUCAACAUGUCGUUCCGCAACAUCCUGCGGAAAUACAUGGACAAGACACGCCAGAUAAUUGGCCACGCUUUGAAGAGGUGAACCAGGUCGAGCACGUGACGCCACGAUGACGAGGCGCGGCAGGUGAUCGUUGGCAAACAGUGAGAGGAACACUGGCGGAAGUGCGCCCGUCAAAGGUCUGCAAAGGGUCCGGAGGAUGACGAAGUACGGAUUGGCAAGGCUGGCACUUUGGAGGCCGAGACGUUCGGUUACCUCGCAGCCGGCCAACCAGCAGGAGAACAACCCUCUGAUGUAUGCCGAGAGCAGAUUGUUGGAGGGCGAGGGUGGCGGCGGUGGCGGCCGUUCCGUGAUCAGCCCUGGUGGGGGUGGAGGAGGAGGUGGAGGUCGGCGGGCACCGAGUCUACGGCUGGUGAACGGAAGAGCGACUACGGGGGUCAGUUUGCACACCAGCAGCACAGAAUCCGUUCGUUCACCCCAUCACCACCUCGGCCAGCAACAGGGCGGCAAUAAUAACAAUAACAACAACAACAACAACAACAACAACCAUAACAACAACAAUAACUGCCACGCCGGUAAUAACCCCGCCGCGAACAAUCAUCCACGGCUUAACAAAGAUGACAGCAUCAAGAUCAGCAUCGAGAACACGAACACUUGCACGGACAGCCUCGUCACUGCUCUAGACGACGAGACAUUGCUCAUCACCGAUUUCGUGGCCGACACAGGCAACGAGAUGAAUUACAAGGGCAGCGGGAAGGUCCACUUCGGAGUGGACGAUGUGUCCCUCUACGGGACGCCGAAGGAGGAGCCGGGCCCGGGUCUACCGGGCCAGGAAGUCAAGCAGAGCUUCUUGAAGAAUCAGCUUCAGGCCCUGUUCCAACCUACGGACAACAAGCUGGCCAUGAAGUUGUUCGGCAGCAAAAAGGCUCUGAUGAAGGAACGAAUCAGGCAAAAGGCUGCAGGUCACUGGGUCAUCCAUCCUUGUUCCAGUUUUCGAUUCUACUGGGAUCUCUGCAUGCUCCUCCUGCUGGUAGCUAAUCUGAUAAUUCUGCCAGUCGCCAUUAGUUUUUUCAAUGACGACCUAAGCACUAGGUGGAUAGCCUUCAACUGCCUUUCUGACACGAUAUUCCUCAUAGACAUUGUCGUCAACUUCAGGACAGGUAUAAUGCAACAGGAUAACGCCGAACAAGUGAUCCUGGACCCAAAAUUAAUCGCAAAACACUACCUCAGGACUUGGUUCUUUCUCGACCUCAUUUCCUCCAUACCAUUAGACUACAUUUUCCUCAUAUUUAAUCAAUUUCAGGACUUUAGCGAGUCCUUCCAGAUCCUGCAUGCUGGCCGUGCUCUCAGGAUCCUCAGGCUUGCGAAACUGUUGUCGCUCGUUAGGUUACUACGGUUGUCAAGACUGGUGCGGUAUGUCUCGCAAUGGGAAGAGGUCUAUAUCCCCCUUUAUCAACAGCCGGAGAGGCACUACGAGCGUCGGGCGACACCGCCCCAACCAGACCGAACCAGCAAGAUAUUGCAGAACCUACAAAAAAAACGCACUGAGCGGAGGGGGCGCCUAAGCUCUGACAAUAUGAGUAAAAAGAAGUCCGGUUUCAGCAAAAGCGACCUUAUUUUUAAGUUCCUGAAUAUGGCGUCGGUGUUCAUGCGGAUUUUUAACCUGAUUUGCAUGAUGCUCCUAAUCGGCCAUUGGAGUGGCUGCCUGCAAUUCCUGGUCCCAAUGCUCCAAGGCUUUCCUAGUAACUCGUGGGUCGCCAUCAAUGAAUUACAAGACUCGUUUUGGCUGGAACAAUACUCGUGGGCACUUUUCAAAGCCAUGUCGCACAUGCUCUGCAUAGGAUACGGAAGGUUUCCACCGCAAUCCUUGACCGAUAUGUGGCUCACUAUGCUCAGUAUGAUCAGCGGUGCUACCUGUUAUGCACUUUUCCUCGGACACGCGACGAAUCUCAUACAGUCACUCGAUUCCUCCAGAAGACAAUACCGCGAGAAGGUGAAACAAGUAGAGGAAUACAUGGCCUAUCGAAAGUUACCAAGAGAGAUGAGACAGAGGAUCACGGAGUACUUCGAGCACCGCUACCAGGGAAAAUUCUUCGACGAGGAAUUGAUCCUUGGAGAGCUCUCGGAGAAAUUAAGAGAAGACGUGAUCAACUACAACUGCAGAUCGUUAGUCGCGUCCGUGCCAUUCUUUGCCAAUGCCGAUUCCAACUUUGUCUCGGAUGUCGUUACCAAAUUGAGAUACGAAGUCUUCCAGCCAGGCGAUAUCAUCAUCAAGGAGGGUACAAUAGGGUCUAAAAUGUACUUCAUACAAGAGGGAAUAGUCGAUAUAGUAAUGGCGAACGGCGAGGUCGCGACCUCGUUGUCCGAUGGCUCGUACUUCGGCGAGAUCUGCCUGUUGACGAACGCGAGGAGGGUUGCCUCGGUCCGCGCCGAGACGUACUGCAAUCUCUUCAGCCUCUCGGUGGAUCACUUUAACGCCGUGCUGGACCAGUAUCCGUUAAUGCGCAGAACGAUGGAAAGCGUUGCCGCCGAGAGGUAUAAGCUUUGGUUGAACAAAAUCGGCAAGAAUCCAAAUCUGGUGGCCCACCGCGAGGAGGAUCUCGGCAGCGAGUCGAAAACGAUAAACGCUGUGGUGAACGCGCUCGCGGAACAAGCUGCGCAUGCCAGCGCCAGUGAGGAAUCGGUGCACAGCAUGGAGUUGAGGACCCUUCCUUGCCUGUUGCCCAGACCGAAGUCUGAAAACAAUUUUGCGAGCCAGGAACUGUCUCGAGAGGGGCGGCGAAUCUUCCAUAAGAGCGACACUUUCCACAAGGACUCGUAUCAAUGACGACACUCGUUAUACUAGCAUACAGAGAGAUACUAACGGCUCCAUGGGCGACAAUGGCUGCGUCCAGUGUCGAUUAUUGGCGGCACUUUUAAGCCUAGAUCCUGGACACACUACACUAGAAAAGCAGUCUAUACAUAGAAUAUUCGCUAUGCCAGUAGUCCUCUAGCGAUCGAUUUCUAGCGCCUUCUUAUUAUUAACCUGACGGCACGUUCCAGUUGUCCAGGAUCUAUGCGUAAAAUCGUGCGGACCAAAAAAAAAAAAAAAAAAAAUAUACAUCAACGUUCUCCAACGAUGGCACAGCAUUACGAUGGAAAGGAUAAUAAAAAAAAUCUUCGUUUUCGGCGUAAUCUUUCUGUUUCUUUCUCAUCCGUGAGAAGACGUUGACAGCAAUAAACGAAGCACAAACCGACAAACGAAGAGGAGAAACACAUUGUCGAGUAAUAAUAAAUUUUCAUAAACUUACGGAACGUGUCAAGUUCGACGAGGGAAGGAGGAAGAAAAUAAGAGAAGAAAGAACAGACUUGGCUGUGGCAUCGAAUGGAGAACAGGGAGCCGUUAUUCCUGCCACGAGUCUUCUUCAUCGACGUAGGCGUCGCGAUUAUGGCGAAGAAAAAAAAUAGACGACGACCGAGGAUGAAGAUUCUCAAACGACGAAGAGCAGGCCUAGAAAUUUAUAAAAAAAAUCUACGUAGCCCAUCGUGGACUAAAUAGGAUAUCUUAAAACGACAGUGUUUAAGCGAUGCGUAAAUUUCUCUGUGAUUUUGCAAAAAGCCGUGCGUCUCGCAUUUUAAAGAGAAAGGAAAAUAAGGGGGAAGAGAGUACAUAAUCUACACGCGAACGAUAUUAGGAUUUUGUUUUUGGUUUUUCCUUUUUUUUUUUUUUUUUUUUUUUUUUUAAAAAAAAGACAAUUAACCGAUAUUAACAGAGGAGAAGAAGGAAGAAACUCGUGAAACGAGGUGAUAUUCCAGUUAUAAGUUUGUUAACGUGUUUUAACUUUAGCUUCGUAUCGUUGAAAUAAUCCUGUGCGAAUAGUCGAAUAAAGAGAGGAGGAAUAAGAGAGAAGAGAUUUCGCGAUAUCCCGAAAGUUGGCAAUCGAAAGAGAUAAGUAAAAAUAAAUAAGAAGAUAAUAAAAAGAGAAGAGGAGAAAAGAAGAAGAAAGAAAAUGUUUCGUUUAAGCUAAGAUCCUCGAGAUCUAUGGAACACGCCAGCAGCAAUUCGGAACUCGUUUCUUCGCAGAGUUUAUGAUAAAUAUCGUUUUAUUUUAUUAAAACAAAAAAAAAAAACUACAAAAUAAAAUGUCUCGAAUUGAUUCGAUGAGAAAAUAAUGGAUAAACAAUAUCGAAUUGAUUUAUAUUAAAAAAUCGAAGUUUUAAAAGACCGUCCUGAGACGUGAACGAAAGAAAGAGAAAGAAAAAGAGUUGAACGCCACAGGAACGGAGAAAUAUUAAAAGAUAUACGAAAAACCUUUAUAGGGAUAGGGAAACAAAAGGAAUCGGAAGAAGUUUAAAUCGUUCUACAAACAAACAAACAAAUAAAAAAAAAAAUAAAAAAAAAAAAAGAAAAUUAAUAUUAUAAAAAAAAAUCAAAGGCCCAAA